GCUACGCUAGCGCCGAUGUUAGUUAUAUUAUACGGGUUUUGUCAAGAGUGUGUGCCACACGCGUUCGUAAGUCGCCGGCCGGUUAAAACAAUUAUUACUUUUAAAAUAUCGUCGUCUUCUAUUAUACCAUUAUUUAAAACGAAAAAUCCUCGUAUUAGUGCACACGUGUUAUAUUUGAAACUAUAUAUUGAACAUUUUGAACAUUCCGAUGGACAGUUGUGUUGUGAAAUAGGGCAUGGUAUUCAUUUUUACAUCGCUAACAUCGUCGAAGAACGAAGUACAGUCUUAAAAGUUCCUGUUAUCCUGUACUAUGGAUGAAAGCAAGAAACCAAUUAAUUUGGACUCAGUGUUGGAAAGUCUUGGUCCUUACGGACGUUACAAUCUAUUGAAUUUCGUCCUACUGCUGUUCCCUGUACUACUAAGUAGCUUCUAUGAGUGUGGAUUUAUAUUCGAAGCCCAAGAACAGACAUACAGAUGCAAAGUCAACGGCUGUGAAGAAAGAUUCAAUGACACUUCGUGGCUUGAUUAUGCCAUACCAAAUAACACAAAGUUAAACCGGCAUGAUAUGUGCAGUAGAUAUGCCACCAUCAAUGACACCGUACAGCAGUGCACACCUGACGAAUUUAUAAACAAAACUGUUCCUUGUGAUAGUUUUGUUUACGAAGAAGGUCGAUCUUUCGUUAAAGAGUUCGAUUUAGGUUGUCAGGAAUGGAAAAGAGCGCUAGUGGGCACCGUGCACAACUCCGGCAUGUUCGCCGCCAUGUUGGUGACCGGAGCAAUUUCUGAUCGCUUCGGCCGUAAGGUGGCUGUUGGAAUGGCAUCAUUAGCCAGCUUUAUAUUCGGUAUUGGCAGAGCAUUCACAAAUAAUUACCUGGCGUAUUUAGCUAUGCAUUUCUUAGAAGCUGGUUUUGGAGGAGGACUGUAUCCAUCGGCGUAUGUAUUGGCUGUGGAAUUAGUGGGAUUGAAACAACGCGUAAUAGUAUCUGCGAUGUGUAACAUGACGUUUGUUGUUGGUGAGAUACUUUUAGCUCUACUCGCGUGGUUCGUCGACAGCUGGAGGAAUUACAUCUUUAUACUAUACUCUCCUGCGAUCCUGGUAGCAAUCUACGUUUGGUUCAUGAAUGAAAGCGCUAGAUGGCUAUUAAGUAAAGGAAGACGAGAAGAAGCGGUUAAAAUAUUAAAAAGUGCUGCAAAAAUUAAUAAUCUUGAUCCAAGAAAACUUGAAUUAGAUGCGCUGGGAGAUCCAUUACUUGAUCCAAAGAAUCAAACGGUCGAUAAGAAAUCGCAAUUCUCAAAAGCGAUUCGUUCGACUAUAAUAUGGAAGAGACUAAUUAUUUGUUCGUUUUUGUGGAUGACAUGUUCAUUAGUGUAUUACGGAUUAUCAAUUAACGCAAUGUCACUUAGUGCUAACAAAUAUAUUACUUUUAUGUUGGUCGUUGUGGUUGAAAUACCGGCAUAUGUCAUUGUUGUGGUUGUGUUAGAUAAAUAUGGAAGAAAAAAGACUUUAGUUGUGAAUUAUGUGUUGUGCGCAGUCACCAAUUUGCUGUUCGCAUUUUUACCGAAAUCUGAUUGGUGGUCUAUCCCAAUCUACCUGGUGGGCAAGUGGAGUGUAACACUUGCGUAUAGUUCCGUCUACAUCUACGUAUCAGAAGUGUUCCCAACCAACAUGAGGCAGACGCUCAUCAGCUUCUGUUCUACUGCGGGCAGGAUUGGUUCUCUUGUUGCACCGAUGACACCCUUAUUGAAUCAGUACCACAGUUCUAUGCCGACUGUGAUUUUCGGUGGAAUGUGUCUUAUAUCAAGCAUGUUAGUACUAAUGCUGCCAGAGACAAGGAACAUGCGUCUACCAGACACGAUAGAGGAAGCUGAAGAACUUUCCAGAAUGAAAACAAGAUCCGUCGUCAGUUCAUAGAGUAGGUAGCAGGAAAG